AUGGGGCUGCUUUGGGGGUCUCUGCAGUCCCAAGCACAUCGAGGGGGUGGCCUUAGAGAGGGACCCCUGGGCGGCGGUACUCAGUACGCUCAACGCACUGGGAAGAAUCGCCUCGGGGAUGAUGACGGCGGCCGGCUGGAGGGCUUCUUAUCCGAGCAGACAACCCUUCGCGAGUUCAAACAAACACAGAAACGCUUCGAGGACCAGAGCCCCACCAAGUAUUCCCUCGCCGUAUGUCCAUCGUUAAGAAAAUUAAGAGAAUCUGUCUGGAGUGUAUGCGGAUACGGAAAGUCAACCGUCUUUUCGAAGGCUUACCUGGCAGUGUCAUUCCUGGUUAUCCUUAUGUCGAUAAUUGUAAUUGCCUAUGGCACUGACCCGCUCUUCCAGCGCCCGAUGACUAACUGUGAGCGCCUCGCAUACAUGAGCAGUAAGAACAUGGAAGGCGUGCAGUUAGUUGAAGAACGCCUGAGAAGUCAGUGUGAAUCUCAAACUGUUCCAACGGAUUGGCCAGUUUUAAAGGGGACUAGAGAUGACAAUGGUGACGACUUUGUCAAUAUGAAGGUUCAAGAUAGUCAACUUCGAAAUGGCUCAAACGACACCAUGCCUUCUAUGUUAAAAAAGUCCGUAUAUUGGCACAUCAUUCGAAUUCCUAAUAUGAAAGUGCGAAUAACAACAUUAGUUACGUUGGAUAUUAUAACAUCGGUGUUCUUUAGCUUAGAUUUUUGUCUUCGUGUUUUUUCGUGCCCGUGUCUUAUACGCUACUUUUCAUCAAUUGUUAACAUCUUCGAUACAGUUGCUUUGCUGGCAGGCUUUACACAUAUGUUGGCAUUGUUUGCCGUUGAGCACGAACAAUUUGAUCAGGACUGGGUUGAUAUGUUGCAGUACAUUCAAAUGUUGCGAGCAUUCAGACUAUUUCGCAUUGUAAGCAAUGUGCGUGCGGGUCGCGUGUUAAUGUAUACAGUUAAAGCAAAUGGAAAGGACUUGAUCAUUCUUGCAUUGUUUCUGCUUGCUGGAAUGUGUACUUUUGCAAGUAUUGUCUUCAUCGUCGAAAAAAAUGAUAAUGCUCGAAGCAUUCCGCAGUGGUGGUAUUGGUCUGUCAUAACGAUGACGACAGUUGGUUACGGAGAUAUCACUGUGAAGACCGAUGUAGGGCGAGUUAUUGCGUGUCUUUGCGCUUUAUCUGGUGUGUUAAUGUUUGCUCUUACAGUGCCUGUCUUUGCAAAUCAUUUCCUCACUUUAUAUAACUACGUUGGCUCUACAGCUAAUAAAAGUACGAAUGGCAUCGAACCUGUGUCCAGUACUGCUGGCGGACAAAACAGUAAUAUCAAAAAUAAUUUAGAAUCUAUGAAUGUCCCCUUCAAAACUGACGAAAAGCAAUAGAAAGAGUUAGUCCUGUGUAAAACCGUGUGGUACUUGAAUUUUGACAUAAUUGUUAAAGCUUGUGUAGUUUUCUUUUACAUUUAAAUAGCUUUGAGUUAAAAUCGAUUUAAUUAAUACAUACCUGCAUACAAGUAAUCUGUAAUUUUCGUUCUGGUGAGGUGUCCAUAAUUAUGAUUUUGAAUACUGCUUUGGGGUUUGGUGGUGUCCGUUAUGACACCACGGUGGUACAUAAUUAGCCAUCGUAUGAAAUACAUGUACAUUUUAUGUAAAAACAAUUUCUGCAAUGUCUUUAACGCUGGAAUGUCAUAUGCUUUACAUUGCAUUUUUUUUCCAUAUUCGUAUAGUUCCGCGAGUAUACGUUAUGAGUGCUAGAAAUAUCUUUAUAUCUACCAAUAGAUAUACACCGCUUCGUGUGUGCGUACUUUUACCUUUUGUGUACUUCUAUUAAUUGUUAUUACAAAUUUUUAUUAGAUUACUACUUACCAAUAAGAUUCUUAAUGUGCGUAUGAAUAAAUGUAUAUUCAAAUAUAUUAUAAGAAAGUUGUUUGCUUUUGAUAAUUUGUGAAUGCUUACUGGGUAUUGACAUUUUUACGAUUGUAUUUAAAUUGAUAUGUUUAAACUUUAAAGGAUUGCAAUCGAACAUAUUCUCUGUAAGGUGUAUUUAACAAUUUUAAAUUACAAUCUUGACAUCAAAAACGUGUUUUUGUAUGCAUACGUUUAUGGUAAAAUUUAUAGAGGACAAAUGGAUGAUGUCAUAUAAAGCGAGUCCCAUAUGUCAUAAGGGAAAAGCCGACGGGACGAUUCUGAUAUUAAAUUAUUUAUAAUGUCGACAUAAAGAUAGGUAUUGUAUAAUGCAAAUUAUUUUGUUGGUUUAAAAAUGUUUUUCAUUAAUUGAAACAGUUACCUUAAACAUGUCGCGAUUUGGAGGAAUAUAUGCAAGUGAGACAGUCUAAUGACAUUGAACUUGAUUUAUGUUUAUUGAACUGUGUUUCGUGUAGCUUCUGUUAAGGAUUACUGCACUUCAGCGCUUCUUUUCAUGACAGUUUGCAAACGAGUUUCAACAAGUAUCUUCGAAGACGUUUUCUUUAUGUUGGCGUCCGUAAUGAUGCAGUGCGUCGUAAAUUUCCGUUCUUUAGAAAUCAUUUUGAUUUCUGUAUCAUUAACCCGAUACGUUCAUAUCACAUAGUUCUUCCGGGUUCAUUCUUUCAGUAUGCUUUCGUCACGUGGUGUUUAUUUGUUUUAUGGUUUGAAGGAGAAUUGCAUUUAUUGUUAUUGUUUUGGAUAUCGUUACUUUAUAAGAAAGCGAUUGGAAAAAAAUAGUGUUAUUACAUUUAUUUAUAUCCCAUUGUCACAACAAAGGAUUGUCAAAGGAUGCAUCCUUUUUUUAAAGAUUAUUCUCAUCUCGUAUUUUUCCAUGUUUAACACACUAAGCAUAUACUACAGGUUUACUAUUACGAAGCUUUAGUUGAUGGAAUUUUC